GCAGGGCUCUGGCUCAUGCUUGUAAUCCCAGCAUUUUGGGAGGCUAAAGUCGGCAGCAUCACUUGAGCCCAGGAGUUCAUGGACCAGGGGAUGGAGGUUGCAGUGCCUAUAUCACCUGCUCUUCUGCUGACACUCCUGCCUGCUGUUCUUGACCAUAGCCAUCAUGCCUCGGGGUCAGAAGAAUUCGCUCCAUGCACCUGAGAAACGCCAACAGACCCGUGGUCAGACCCAGGGUCGCCAGGGUGCUCAGGCCACUGCAACUAAGUGGAAAAAAGUAUCCUUUUCAUCCCCUCUUGUUUUGGGGGCUACUAUCCAGAAAAAGUCUGCUGGAAGGUCAAGUAGCAUUCUCAAGAAGCCUCGGAGAGCACUAUCCACCACCAUAUCGGUAGAUGUUUCUCACAAAAAGUCAUGCAAGGGAGCCAACAGCAAAAUUGAGAAAAAGCACGGCUCCUCUCGGGGCCUAUCCUCCACUGUGCGGUCUCACACAGAUCUUCUAACCACGAAGACAAAUAUGUUGGUGCACUUCUUGAUGGAAAUGUACAAAAGGAAAAGGCCCAUUAUGAAAGCAGAUAUGCUAAAAAUUUUCCAUAAAAGGUAUGAAAAUCGCUUCCCUGAGAUCCUUAGAAAAGCUUCUUUCAACAUGGAGGUGGUAUUUGGUGUUGACUUAAAAGAAAUUGAUUCUAGCAAGAACUCCUAUAUCCUUGUUAGCAAAAUGGAUCUCCCCAACAAUGGGAAGGUGACUCGUGGCAGGGGGUUUCCCAAGACAGGUCUCCUGCUGAAUCUUCUGGGUGUGAUCUUCAUGAAGGGCAACUGUGCCACUGAGGAGAAUAUCUGGGAAUUCCUGAAUAAGAUGAGAAUAUAUGAUGGGAAGAAACACUUCAUAUUUGGGGAGCCCAGAAAGCUCAUCACCCAAGAUUUGGUGAAGCUUAAAUACCUGGAGUACCGACAAGUGCCCAACACUAAUCCUGCACGCUAUGAAUUCCUGUGGGGUCCAAGAGCCCAUGCUGAAACCAGCAAGUUGAAAGUCCUGGAGUUUUGGGCCAAGGUCAAUCAAACUGUCCCCAGUGCAUUCCAGUUCUGGUAUGAAGAGGCUUUGAGAGAUGAGCAAGAAAGAGCCCUAGCUGCAGCUACAUUCAAUGAUGGCAGUGAUGCCAUGGGCAGAAAAUGUUCCAAGGCCAAGGCUAGCAGCUCGUCCCACGCCUAGUGAAGUUGAAGCAAAUUUUUCAUCUUGUGGUUAAAAAGGGCAGUCACUGUUCCGAGGAGUGAAGGGCUGGGUGUUACUGGAGGGAACACACUGUAUAAUACCUUUUUGUUCUUGUUCUAAAUGGAUAAUUUGAAGAUUUAUCUGUAUUUUGGGGAGUAUUUUUGAAAUGUUCCUUUUAUUUAACAUUAUAAUCUAAGUUUAGGAUUCAUACUGGUCACAUUUGUUGUUUUUUGGCUUAACAGUAAAAAUUUUGCUAUUUUGUCAAACAGAUUGAGAAAAGUUCCAUCUUAUUUAGUGAUCUGGUGCAAAAUAACCUGGAAUUAGAAUAAGCAUUUUCUUGAAAUUUUUUCUUAAAAAGCAGUAAAAUGUAUGGGAUUAAGAAAUAUAGAAAGAGAGUAAGAUGGUCAACAUUUUGUUUCCUAAGUGUCUUUGCUCUGUCUUUUAAUAAAAUGAAAGAUAAAUAACCAUAUAUGUCUGGCUUGUUUAAUAAUAUAGAAUUAAAUCAUAAUAAAUUAGACCUCAUGCU